AUGAGGGGUCCGACUAGUAGUGCAUUUCAUGUUGAAACAGAAGAAGAUGGAAGAGGGGGCGAAGGGGCCGCUUCUAGUGCUUUUUCUUCAUAUGAUAAUACCAAUAAUGAGAAUGUACAAGAUUCGUCCCACGAGAGGCAUAAGCAACGACAUCGUAUACGGGGGGAAAGUACUGAUGAUAGUAAGACGGCGAGAAGAAGAUCAGGAAGUCAUAAGGCCUAUUCGAAGAAGAAUGAUGUAUCUGGUAAAUCCUCUUCGGACGCACUUGCUGAUGGGGGGGGAAGUGAAGAUAAGAAAGUGCCGUCUAAGCGUAGACGUCACCCUCGUUGCACAGCACCACGACGCGGGGGAAGCAGCGGAAGUAGGGCUGCAAAACAGCUUCUGCGGUAUAGCCAGGAAAUGAAUUUCGCUGACGAUCUCAGAGAAUAUGAGUUUAGUGGAACAAGCCUUGUGGCUCAUCGUGCUAGUCUUCUAAAAGCGAGAACAUACGAAGAGUACAGCAGAUUUGCUCUCAUUAUGGACCGUCUUACUGGACGCGAACGGUGGAAAUACGAACUUGAGAGCUCGCUGUAUGAUUUUGAGGCUGUUGGCAAGAGAGUGCGGAUGCUUCAGCGAGCACGUCGCAGCGGGAAACUCGAAGACCUGCAAGAGGCUUUGUGUGCAAGCAUGCGUGAUCAAAUGUUAGGAGUUUUCAAAGAAAAACUUUAUAGCCGUACAUAUAUUGGAACAAAGCAGCAAGUGGAGCUUUUUAUUGACGAAGUGUGCGGGUGCUUGGUCGAUCUGCAACAGCACGUCCCUGAACAUGCGUAUGAAGUUGCCAAGACUGUCCAGCAACUGCAAAGUCUCUGAGUGACUGGCCUUGUACUCAGUGGGGGCGCAUCACUGGGGCUCCAUCAUUUCGGGGUCCUGGAGGUUUUACUCAAGACACAAGUCAACGGGAGGAAUCUUCUACCGAAAGUGAUAGGAGGCUGCAGCGCUGGAGCUGUUGUAGCAGCGUGGCUGUGCACGCGGACCGAUGAAGAGCUGCUGCGACAGGGCAAUGCCGAAUAUCUCAUUGAAUACUGGAAAGGGCUGUCUCCAAACAGUUGGCUUGUGCGUCUAUGGAAUGUACUUACAAAGGGAUAUAUGUGCGACAUGGAUGUUUGGAGAGCAGCAGCGAAAAAGCUUUUCGGAGAUCUCACUUUCUUGGAGGCCUACCAGCGAACAGGACGUGUGUUGAAUAUUUCCAUGACUCGUGCAGACAGAGAGGAAGCGGGAGUGAAAGUGAUGAACUACGCGAACGCUCCAAACGUUCUGAUAUGGUCUGCACUGUUGUGCUCGUGCGCCUUCCCCUUUCUAAGUCUUCCAAUGCCUCUGAGAGAAAAAAACGAAAGAGGAGAAGCGAUAAUAUCGAAGUCAUUUGGCUGCAGCUACUUUCACGAUGGUUCUUUGAGUGGGGAUCCAACCGAACAAAUACGUGAUGCUUGGGGCGUCAGCUACUCUAUUGUGUCUCAG